CAGGCUGCGCUCUCUAACGGACCUAACUGCUCCCAGCAUGAACCGGGAUGUAAUUCCACCGCAUCUCCACAAACUUUCCCCUUCGAACGGACCGCUGGUUCUCCUGGAGACCAACUUUAUCUCCGGUUGCUUCAAUGAAAAAAAGAAACAACUUUUCUUGCGUUUUGGAAUCCAUUUAAUGUAAAACAUCGAAAAGGUUUUAGUUUUCCUCUUUUUUUCGUGAAGGAAUGUCGGUUAAAACUGGAUAACGGUCCGCUUGGUGGUAUCGGCGGGGCUGUAGGAGAACUUUUCUCUCUGCUUUUUUGAUUUUUAUUUUAUCUUUGGAGGAAAAUCAUAAGUUCUGUGAACUUUUUUGCUGUUUUUUUUUGAGAAACUUCUCCCCUCCGACCGGAGCUAGCAAGCAGCGGCGGCGCGAGGGGACAAUGCUACCCGCUGCUCGCAUCGGUCCUCUCCGUCAUCCCUUCUUGUUUCUGUGAGGCUGAAAAAAACAACAAGCAAACAAUGAUUUCGGAGGAGAGGAGCAGCCAUGUAAAUAAACAAGCCCUAAACUUUCCUGUGGGUUUGCUCAUCCGCUCUCCCAAGAGGCGCCUGGCCAAACUGGGGAGGAAACCAAGCAAUGGAUCCCUGCAGUCCAACAAGUCGGACAGCACCGUCCGUUCUGCAGAGAGCGUCGGUGUCCGGCAACCGGCCAAGAGCAAAAUCAGGCGUCACAACAACAGGCUUUCAACGGUUUUCAACCACAGCCCCAACCUCCGGGACGGUGGGCGACGCGGCCUGACCAGGGGCAGCGGGAGCCUGACCGGAGAGCACCAGGCUGCUGAUGACCCCGCCGAGCUUUCCAGCCAGUUAUCUGUGCCUGGGAUCCUGAAGAUCUUCGGCAGCGAUAUCUGUCAGGGGACCCACUACAAGAGCGUGUUGGCCACCACUCAUUCCUGUGCAAAGGAGCUGGUGAGGGAGGCCUUAGAGAGGUACUGUCUGGAAAAAGAAGACGCCAAUGACUACCUGCUGUGUGAUGUGAUCGGUCAGACGGGGGCUGAUAACCAGUGGAAGAGGGAGUGCUUCAGGGUGGUGGGGGACAAUGAGAGGCCCCUCAUGCUGCAGUCCUUAUGGAAGCCGAAGGAAGGCUUCUUCAGGAGAUUUGAAAUCCAGCUGCGGUCCACUGUGAAGCAGCAGAGCUUGAAGGACAGAGACACGAUCACAGCAGGGAUCAAUGCUCAAGCUCGUAAACUGCAAAAGAACCGGUCCAGAGUGACUUCCCUGUUCGUGGACAGCGGCGGGGAGGAAGCUGAAGGCCUUGGCUUCUGGAGGAGCCUGAGCGAAAUGGACCUGUCUGCGAUGGAAAAAGAGGCCAACCGAGCCCAACAGGGCGCGCUCAGAGAGGACCCAGAGGCCGAGGCUGACAAGGAGGUGCUGCGGCUCGGCAUGGAGAAGGAAGAGACGGAGAGCAGUGACGACAACACCACCCAGUACUCCAUCCAUCCACCCUUUGACUUCCCUUACUUCCUCCUACUGCAGGGCUAUAAUCACAGACAGGAUUUUGUGAUCUACCUGAUGAGCGGCACCACCACCAUCUUUGGAUGCUGCAGGGAGCACUGUAACGGAGAGGACGAGGAAAGGCUAAAGGUGGACAUCCUCCUGUUCGCUCCUGAUGUGCUGCCGCAGCACUGCUGCGUCAGACGCAUCGACUCCAACAUCCAGACCUCAGGAAAACACAAAAAGACUUUGACGAUGCUGAAGCCCCUCCAUGGUGCUCCCGUCACCAGAAACGGUUGCCCUCUGAAUGAGGAAGUCGAACUGAAUCCUGGAGAUUUGGUUGGUUUGGGAAAAAACUACCUGUUUAUGUUUAAGGAUCCGACCACUACGUCAGGAUCAGCUCAUACUCCACUUUGGAUGAGCAGACUCUGCCCGAGCUCCGACUCUAAGACCUCGUGUUUAUCGUGUGGCUCUUGUGUGCCCAUAAAAAAGCUCCAAAGGAAGCCCUUAGCUCCUUGUUGGAGAGACCUGGAAGGAACAGAGGCUUCCCUAAGCUACGAGCUAGAGCAGGAAGAAAGAGUCCUGCAGGAGAUCCUGGACAUGGUGGAUCGAAGUGAGAAUGAACCAAAACUAACUCCUGCUUUCCUGAUGAUUCUUUGCAUUCAGCGCUCAGCCUCUGCUUUCGAGUUAACACACUUCAGACAGCUGCUACUCAGGAUUGCCAGUCAGAUCCAGCUUAUUGCAUGGGAGAAGACAAAGGAACUCGCCGCAGUCCAACCAGAAACGAGUGACGGACAGCCUGAAGAGAUUCAUCUGCUCAGCAUGGAGCAGCUGAUCCCAGGUCUGCGACCGUUGGUGCUGUGGAUGGCCAACUCCAUCGAACUGCUGCACUUCAUCCAGCAUGAGGUUCCUCAGCUGCUUCCUGGGAGACGGGAAAGUCUGGAUGAAGAUCUUCUGGAGUCAGAGAUGUCGUCCACUCGGAUCGCCUGCGAGGAGGCCAUGACAGUCCUGGAGGAGGUCAUCAUGUUUACCUUCCAGCAGUCUGUCUACUAUCUCACAAAGAGUAUGUAUUCAGCCCUGACUGGUCUGCUGGACGGGAACCCGUUCACCGAACAUGGUCAGCUGCAGGUGCCUGAAAGCCUCAGCAGCAUCCUGGAGGUCCUCAAGGAGGCGCUGAAGCUUCUUACGGCCUUCCAGGUGCAUCCAGACAUCUCACUUCAGCUCUGUGCCUACCUGUUCUUCUUCAUCAAUGCAUCACUGUUCAACACCCUCAUGGAGAGAGGAUCCGUGGCUGGGUUCUACCAGUGGUCCCGCGGUGUGCAGAUCAGGGCCAACCUGGACCUGCUGAUGGACUGGGCCCAGAACAUCGGCCUGGGUGACAUAGCCGGCGAAUUCUUCCAGAAGCUCUCUGCUGCUGUCAAUCUGCUGGCCACACCCAAAGAAACGCUUCUGCAGGCCUCCUGGGCUUCCCUCAGGACCGAGUUUGCGGCUCUGAAACCAGCCCAGUUGCACCACAUGCUGCGGGAGUACAGCGCCGGUAAACCCUGUCCGAGCGGAUGGACUCCAUCAGCAGAUGACAUGGAAGACGCAGUCAGCACUGCCGACAUCCUGGAGAGCUUCGACAACCACCCGCCUCUCAUCCUGCCCAGCAGCUCGUUUCACCUGGAGCUGGGUAAAGCCAUCCUGGAGCCGGCUCUUUUUGAACAGCUCUCUAAUCUGCAGGAAUUUAUUGGCAGGCUCGCUAACAGUGAACCCCGGGCCCAAAGUUCUGCUCAGGAACAGGUUUCUCAGGGUUCCAGCAGUGACAGUCCUUCAGCCCAUCAGACGCUCUCCGAGGCUGAGACUUGCCCCAGUCCAAAAGCAGAUUCUGACCUCGCCUCCUCUGUAGACCCAGGUCAGACUCUAGGCUCUCAUGGUGGCCUGAGCAGCUGUGAAGCAGUUCUGGCCCAAAAGCUGAAGAGCCUGCAGCUGCAGAACUCCCUCCCUGGCCCGGCCGACACAAGCUACCAUAAGAGCCUGGCUCUGGACCCUUCCUGCCUCCUCACCCCACCCAACACCCCGCAGGGUAUGGAGCUGGCUGAGCUGGAGGCGGAUCUGCGGGAGGGUGCCCAUCAGCUAAAGAAAGCUGCUGGGAGGACCCAGAUGGAGGCAGGAAACCCGGAAGCAGAAGAAGACAGAGAGGAAGUGUUCACAGUGGAGAUCUGCAGAGGGCCCCACGGCCUCGGCCUGGCUCUAGUAGACGGAACGAAAACCCCCCUUAGAAUGAGCGGCAUCUACGUGAAGUCUGUCGUCCCCGACUCUCCGGCUGCUCGGUGCCAGAAGCUGAGAACAGGGGAUCGGAUCCUGGCUGUAAACGGCGUCAGUCUGGUCGGGAUGGAGUAUAAUGUAGGCAGAGAGCGGAUUCGCUCAUCAGGAGACACUCUAAGGCUGCUGGUGGCAAAGAUGGACACAAACUCCAGCAGCUAGACGUCAGCUGAGGAUUCUGGGAGCAAAGCUCUGCUGGAGGAAAAAAGUGCAAUGCAAGCUAGCAGAGGAGACCUGGUUCUUCUACAGCAUGUAUGCUCCACGCCAAAGGGAACACAUUUCCUGCUCCUCAUUCCAACCUGCUGUAGAGCGGUUAUUGUGCAUAAAGGAACGCUGAGACAGACGACCAAAAAGCAAACCGAGGGCGACGAAUGCUUGCUCUGAUCUACUGACAAACGUCACUGAGAGGAUGCUCUGAGGACGGUCCUCAGCAUGGCUCACAAUCACUCAUGGAUGGCUUUAACUGGAAAUGUUCAGAUUCAUCAAUAAUCGAGCAUCUCUGUUCUGAACGUGUGACUAAGUAUCAUCACCGUCUUUAAUCUGAGCUUUUCAGGAUCUAAAAUGUCCAAAUAUUACAAAAAAAAAUAAUAAAUAUUUUUUGCAGCUUUAAUGUUUUAUAUAAAACACUUUUACUUGGACAUCAGUGUUCUUCGUUACUCCACCAAACUGAGAACAGUAAAAACCAAAGCUUCGUGUUUGUUUAUCUGUGUUCAUUGUUCGAACCAAACAAUUCAGAAGUUCCAGUUGAAAUGACGACUUUAAUGAUGCAACAAUCGGAGAAACGGGUCCUUAAUGCGAACUUAACGUGGAUUUUUACCGCUUUCUGUAAAAAUUAGCUCUAGUAAAGUUAUUUUUCACCAUUGCUUCAUUUUUGGGUUUAAUUGUUGGAAAAAAAA